AUGGACAUACUCGAUAUUCUUCGUCAGUAUAAGACCGCUGAGAGCUUGGGAGGAUUGGUCUUGCUCGCUAUCCUAGGCAGUCUUGCCCGUAACAGGCUCUCGCGGUCCAAGCUACCACUACCUCCGGGCCCGCCUGGUCAUUGGUUAUUCGGGAACACUCAAUCACAAGUGUUUGCAGAAUGGAUCAACCAGUAUGGGCCUGUCAUAUCGUUGAAGCAGGGAAAAAAGAUCAUGGUUAUCAUUGGUCGACAUCAGGCGGCUGUAGACAUCAUGGAGAAAGAGGGCGGGUUAUUGGCAGAUCGUCCUCGUGCUGUCGCAGCCGGAGAAAUACUUUCAAGAGGUUUACGAAUGAUUCUCGCGCCAGCUGGGGAACAAUUCAGACGAUUGCGCAAAGCCGCUCACACGCAUCUCCAAGCCAAGGCAGCAGAAUCCUAUGCUCCCAUCCAGAUGGACAGUGCAAAAGACGUGAUUUUGGACAUUCUCGACAACCCAAAGCAGCACAUGCAGCAUACAAGACGAUACGCAGCAUCUGUGAUUCUCAAGGUCACUUAUGGAAAGACAGCGCCAACGUCGCACACGGACAAAGAGAUCAUACUCAUCCAUACAAUGCUUCGUCGUUUCCAGACUCUUAUGCGCCCUGGAGCUCUAUAUGUAGAGGCCUAUCCUUUCUUGAAAUAUGUUCCAGGUUAUGCCAGCUAUCUGGAGACAUGGCGCCGAGAAGAAUCGCAGUUGUUCCAUGAACAGCUCGAUCGUGUACGAGGAGAGCUGGCUGCGGACCAAGCUGGGCCAUCUUUCGCUAGGUAUCUUUUGGAGCAUCAAGAUGAGCACAAGCUAUCAAAUGAAGAAAUGGCUUAUCUUGCGGGUUCACUCUUCGGCGCUGGUUCAGAUACGACAGCUGUAGCUCUGACUGUUUUGAUCAUGGCUGCCGCACGCCAUCCAGAAGCUCAGGCUAGAGUUCAGAAAGAACUCGAUGAGGUGGUUGGACGCGACAGAGCCCCAACAUUCGAUGAUCAGUAUGCACUUCCCGAGAUCCAAGCCUUCAUGCUUGAAUGUUUACGAUGGAGGCCAGUAACGACACUAGGUUUUGCACACCGUGCUCUCAAAGAUAUAGUAUAUGUGCAAAGGCCAAGUUAUCCAACUGGCGCCGUUGUGUUCGGAAACCACUGGGCGAUAUCUCGUGACCCAUCGGUAUAUCCAGACCCCGACAAGUUCAACCCUCAACGAUGGUUGAACAGCAAAGGCCAGGUCAAAGAUGAUCUGAAAUUCCCAAGCUUUGGCUUCGGGAGACGUAUUUGCCCUGGCCAGCACAUUGCCAAUCGGUCCAUUUUCAUCAAUGCAGCACUUCUCCUAUGGUCAUUCCAUAUUUCGGAAGAUCCAUCUUCUCCCAUCGACGAUAAAGGAUUCGUGGACGGAGUAAUUGCACAUCCCAAACCGUUUGACGUGGUAUUUACGCCCAGAUUGGGAGAUGCCAAGCAAAUAAGAGCUGCUAUGGAGAAAUAUGCCGAGGAUAUUUAA